ACUGACUGACCUAACUGGUUAUGUUCUUGACCGUUUUGUCCUCCUCUUCUUUUACUUUUCUUCUCUCUUUCCCAGCAAGGGCAACCAAAAAACCAUCUCUCUCUUUCUCUCUCUAUCUCGUUGAAGAGCCUUCAACUGAUCUACCUCCCUUGGAAACUAAACGUUUUCGAAAUCAAGCGAGGGAUCUCAGAUUUCUAAUGGGGUGUUUUCUUGCUUGUUUUGGUACUUCAAAGAAUUGGAAACGCCACAAGCUGGCGAGUAGAGUUCUCCCUGGAGACCAAAGACAUGGAUGUUCCGAACCCUUGCAACCAACUUUCUCUUCAAAGCAGUACGUCACAGUAAAACCCAUUAGCCCUGUUUCAGAACUGAGAGAUAAGGCUGAGAAGCAACUGAGCUUCAUCCCCAGAAAGAGAGUUACCUUUGAUUUGAACGUGAAAACCUAUGAGGGAGUCUCAACACAUGAACCCACAAAUUAUUCAGCGGAGAGCGAUGAAGAGAAAGAAAGAGGAAAAGGAGAAGAAACAGGGGAAAACAAGCAAUCGUUUUCCCUCUCUGAGGAUGAUUCCAUCACUUCGAGCACGGUAUCUUUUCCUCCAAACCACAGAUACGGAAAUUGCAGAAACAGUGACGAUGAAGAUGAUGGAAUCGAAUCUGAUAUAAGCGACCUCGAAGACGAAGACUAUAACGAUGAUGACGAUGAGGAGGAGGAGGAGGAGGAGGAAGAGGAUGUUCGAAGGGUGCCUGAAGAAGAGUCUUCUAAGUCGUUUUUCUCUUUGCCGAUGGAAUCAGGGAGAAGUACUUUCUCAACUCCUCUGUUCGAGAAGACAAUUCGAUCGAACCAAAACGCUCGAGACAGGAGUCAGUAUGUUCAUUCUGUAUUGAACCCAGUUGAAAAUCUCACGCAGUGGAAAUCUGUCAAGACAAGGACAACCCCACCAUCGAAGCACCAGACGAAGGAGAAUAUCAAUUUCGACAGCGAACCACAAAUACCCUUCAGUUCAGAACCAACAUUCAAGCAAUCACCCAACAAGCGAAGCUUCAGUUUCAAUCAUCCUAAGCCUCCCAAGAAAGAAACCGCAGUCGAUGCCAGCCUUUCAAACUGGUUGGGGUCAUCCGAAACCACAACACCCAUCACCAAAACCAGCACCGUCAAUGUCCCCCAUUGAAUCAUCUCCUGAGAGAAUCUUGUAGCAUUCACCAAGUCGUAAAGAUUGGCCAAUUUUAGGUGCAUUGACCAUGGAAGAGCUCAAAAGGGUGCCAAGUCGGAGCCCUGAUGAAAUAUUCAUCUUGGGUACCUAGGGUAGUUACUGGAAUCAUACAGACCAGGCCAUGGAUUCCAGCUCAGGCUCUUCUUGCAAUGGAAUACCAAACAUAACCAGUGUACAGAGAGGUAUAUAAGAGUGCUUUUCACAUUAAUGAAUGAUUGUUACUAAUUAACUGUUUUGCUUAUUGCAGGAUAAAAGAGUGAAUUGGCACUCUACUCCAUCUGAAACAAGGUUGGUGAGGGCCGCAGAGGCUCAACUGAAGCUUAGUCCAGCUAUCCUCCUAAAGUAGGCUAUAAAAAGAUGGGUCUAAGUGAUCAGUGAUGUGUUGUGUGUUUUUUACUUGCAAAUUGUUGAUUCUUUAUUGAAGCUUGUGUGGAGAUAAUUUGGGUUCAUGGAGAGUGUCAAGCUGUUGUUUGUACUUAUGCAAAGGAAUUAUAGUUUGGUUGUGUUGUUAUCGAUUACUAUAUUGGUUUUAAAAUAGGUAAUAAAAGAGAACAUAUGAACUA